CAUAAUGAUUCCUCCUUCCACCUUUACCAAACUGGAGGCUGACUUCACCUGCAACGGCACCAGGGACAGCAUCUGCUCCAGAGCCUGUUUUAAUUGAGACUUCCAGAAACCUAUUAUGGUGGCCUGGAACUUUCUACUGUAUGUGCUGGUAAUCCUUUCUGUCCUGCUCAUGGAGCGGUUUGCCUCCCACCUGCGCUGCCUGGCCCAGGAGACAAGCUCUUAGGGGAAGACUGAUGUGGAGCUGGAGGCUCAGGUUGUGUCUACAGACCCUGGGAAAGACGGUCAUAGAGACAGAGGCAAAUGAGGCUUUUACCUACUUAGAAUCAGUCUGCACAUUCUGGUUGAAGCCUGGUUUGUAUGAUUAACAAAUAAUAGCUAAUAUAAAUGCUCGACAGAUGUCUGUUCAGAGUUAUGUUUAUGUGUGAGGGCCGCCCUACAGAAAUGCAUGUAUGCUUUGGCAUCCAACUCUGGCAUGAUUAUUGUUUGUUCAGGCUAAUUUUGUAUGUACUCCAUUGCUCACUACCUUUGCAACUAUUGAACACUGACACUUUCAUAUUUUUUCUGAUUUAGAAUAUAUGAAUUAUAAGAAUGCAUAUUCACUGAGUAUCUCAACAACAUUCAGUGCAUAGAUAUUUUGUAAAGCAAACAAUAAUGGUUAGCUGCUGUUGUGUGAUUACAUUUUCUGUAGCAUCGUUAAGUCUGGCGCAAACAAGUUGCAUAUAUUAAAACAAUUACAUAAUCAU